UAGUAACUAGCAAGCUAUUAAACGGAUAAGUGCACUUUUAAUUAACGAGAAUCGCCUUUUGUUUCAAAAGAAAUUUUAACAAAAUUCAAUAAAAAUAUUUUAUAGUUAAACAAUUAAGAGAUUUAUAAUUGAUUUGUUUAUUAGAUAAAAUAAUCGGGAUAAUAUAUAUAUAUAUAUAUAUAUAUAUAUAUAUAUAUAAAUUGCUUUUGAGAAAAUAAGGAGUAAAAAACGAACAAAGGCCGCUGCAGAGUGAAGAAAAAAAAUUAAACAAAGGAACUGGAAUAGUUAACAUUACAUUAUUGUAAUAAAAAAAAUUCUCUGAGAGUUUUUAAUAUAAUUUAUUUCCCCAAAAAAGGUCACAACAACUACGUCACUAAAACAACAACAACACCAUCAACAAGUUUAAUAAAUCCCCACAACCAUGAAUGAUAAUCAACGUAAUCGUAUUUUACAAAACAUUGAUUCUUUAGUUGAUUUUACCGAUUUUAAAACAUUAUGUGAUGCUUGCUAUCGCAAUAACUUGUUGAGUUACACUAUGAUACAGAAUAUUCAUCAUGUCGAGCCGGAGAAUUCUCUGGCGGAUACUUUCGAUGAAGACACCAUUAAGAGGGAACGUCACAAAAGGUUAUUUGUGAAAAUAACUAAAAGAGGUCCUGAAGCAUUUGAGAUGUUGUGCCGCAUAUUAUUGGAUUUGAAAUAUAUAGAUGCUUUAAAGAAACUACAUGACGAUGACAAGGGUAUGAUUUCAAUAAGUUCUAGUAAGAAAACCGGAACAGCAACGUCUGGCAAUACGGAGAUUAAUCAUGUGAAUGUGGCAAAUAAUAAUAUUGAUGAUAGAGAUGGUACAAUAAGUAGACAGUUUUCCCGAUGCGAUUCAGAUGAUAUCACUCUCCACCAAUAUGCGGAUACAAUACAGCCGAAGAAAGAUGUAAACGUACUUAAGGCUAAGCGCAUUUUAAAACAUAACAGCAUCGACACUUAUUCCAUGGAGAGUAAAAAUAAUCGUGGCGUCUUUUUUAUGGUUAAUAUUGUUGAUUUUCCCACGGAAGAGCGACGUUCGGGAGCCGAUGAAGACACACAUUCCCUUUUGUCGCUAUUUAAACAAUUGGACUUCAAAUUGUAUGCCUACAAAAAUCUAACACAAAAGAAAUUCUUUGCUCUACUCGAUGAACUAUUGAGCUCGGACGAAAUUAGAGACACUGAAUGCUUUGUCAUGGCCCUAAUGACACAUGGUCAGAUGUCAGACGGUGUACAAUGGAUAUACUUUCACGAUGGUUCUGUGGUGAAAGUGAAAGAGAUAGAAAAGCGUUUCUAUCAUGAAAACUGUACACAAUUAGUGGGUAAACCAAAAAUUUUCAUUUAUCCCUACUGUCGUGGUGAAAUAUCAGAUAAGGGUGUUAAUGUUGUCAGUAAAACACAAACUGAAGGUGUUGGCACUACACGUCGUGCUAUCAAUAAUAUUGCUCAGCUAUCGGAUGUUAUUAAAUGCUAUGCCACUACAGCAGGUUUUGUAGCUCAUCGAGAUGUUGAAAAUGGCUCCUGGUAUAUACAGAGUUUUGUUGAUAUUAUGGCGGCCCAUGCGUACAAUACAUCCUUUGAGGAAAUGCUUAAAAUUAUACAAGCUGGUAUUUCCAAAUUGCGCACAAAUAAUAAUGAACUGCAAACGGCUAGUUAUGUUAAUAUAGGCUUUAAUAAAAUUCUUUAUUUUAAUCCGGGCAUUUAUGCAAAUUAAUUUUAUGUUCUUCCACUAAUGGCCAAAAUAUGUUUAUUAUGAUAUAUUUAUACAAACAAUUACAUAUUUUUUUGUAAUUACUUUCCAUUUUAAAAUGUACUGAUUGUAUUUGUGAAAUGUAUUAAUUUUAUAGUUAAUUAAGAAUAGUAUUAAUAUAGCAUAACUAUAUUAAAUAUAUAAUUACGAGUUUAUUUGUAAAA